UGCCGGUCGCUACAUGGAUGGGAUCAUCAAUACAAUGCUAAAACAUGGGUGAGCAUGAUGCCGGUUUUUCUAAUGGUCAGCGCGUGCACCAAUGCCUAAAACAAGUGGGAAUUACUGUGGGAGACAAUUUGAUACCAUAUUCGCAGCAAGGCAUCGAGACGGAGAAUGUAUCCAUCCACUGCUGUUGUGUCAUGGAUGGGUGGAGUGAACAAAUUUGUGGCUGGGACAAAAGCAGCAGUUGUGAUACUUCCUAAAGAUGCAUUUGGGAAUAAUAUUUCAUCAACAAAUGAAGGAUCAAUCUCUUAUAAUUUUGGAUUGGCUGCAUCUUUUACAAAUGGUUCCGUUGCAAGUUUGCUUAAUGUCUGUAACAAAGGAUGGAAUGAAUUGGGAUAUCUCAGCAUUGAGUUUAUUGUGGCCACAGCUGGAAGCCUAUUACUUCAUGUUGAAGAGGAAAAUCAAACAUUGAGUGGAACUCCAUUGCCUUUCAAGGUGAACCCAGGAGCAUUGGAUUUCUCUCAUUGUGUGACUCAAUGGAAUACUGAAAUGAAGUUCUUCCAACUAUUUUCUGUGAUGGACACUUUUAUACACCAGCGAGACCAAUAUGGAAAUCUUGUUCCAGGAUUGUAUGCAUUUGAUGUUGAAGUCAUUGAAAAGGGGACAAAUUUGUCGAUGCCCAUAUCAGAUUUGCAUUUCAAAGAAGUCGAACCGGGUAUACAGUUGUUUUCUUUCACCUUAGAGGAACCGGGGAACUUUAUGCUCAUGAUUUCUGACAAGGAGCAGAAUAACCUCCUGUCCAAUAUGCCAUAUGAUUUCACUGUUUAUAUAGGGUAUUGCGAUGGAUUCAAUAGUAUCAUCAAUGGAUUUGGCUUAAAUAAUUCUAUUGCUGGUGAAGUUGCAAGGUUUUCUGUUUUCUUGAAAGAUGCUUAUCUAUACCCUUCUCCGGUUGAGUUAGAAAGGCUGCAAGUGCAAAUUGUGCGGGAAUUGGAUUCCCAUCAAGUACAUCCGAGCAUAUAUCCAAUGGAAAAUGUAAAUGGUAGUUGGUCAACUGGAAUAUUGAAUUAUGGUGCCAGCAGUCAUAUAGAACUAGCUUCUGCUCCAACUGUUUCAUCACAUAACAAUUCUGUUGAGAACCGGAAAGUUAAGGCUAGCUCAUUCAAUGUUGUGUAUACGCCUGAAAAAAGUGGGAUAUACAAACUUAGUGUAUUUUGUGGAAACAUUCCAUUGAAUGGCGGUCGUGCAUUCAGAAAGGAAGUAAGUGCAGGUGACGUAAAUAUAUCACUUUCAGGAGUUACAAAAUUCGUGCCAAAAGUACCAAAGCUGAUUAAAAAUGAAAUAAUAGUGCAGCUCAUGGAUUCAUUUUCUAAUCCUGUCCUGGCACAACAAUCAAGGUUAAAACUGGAGAUUGGUUCAAUUAACAGUUCUGGUUUCUCAACAUGGAUGUUUGUUGAUAACAUGGAUGGGUCAUAUAGUGGUCUCUAUCUGGCAAAGGAUGUCGGCACUUAUGAGAUAUGUGCUUCAUUUGAUGGAAAACGUUUCUUGCCCUGUCCCUUUGGGGUAAAUGUGUACAGUCGUGAAUAUUUUCCAAAAGCCUACAAUGACAUAAUAUUUGUUUGGGAGGAUGAGUCAAUUGCUUUUGAUGCCGUAGAAAAUGAUUACUUUGCUGGUGGCAAUGCAAGUAUUGUUGAUUACUCAAAGCCUUGUCAUGGUUCUCUUCUACAGUAUGGACGUAUCUUUAGAUAUACACCCUAUAAAGGGUUUUAUGGAAAUGAUUCUUUCUCGUACACAGUAUCAGAUGUAAAUGGCAACCUGGCUUCUGCUGAUGUCAAUAUAUCUGUUUUAAGCGUUCCACCCCAGUUUAUUUCCAUUCCACGUCAUUUGCAAGUAACUGAAGAUAUAAUAGGUCCCCGAUUUGGUGGGUUUUCUGGCUUUGAGAUGAUAUAUUCGGAUUUUAUCGAGAACAUCACUGUGACGCUCAAUGCAAGACAUGGGACUGUCUUUCUCUCCCCAAUGCUGAUGCAAUUUUGGCAGCCCAUGUGGAAUGAACUUUCUAUUGAAAAAAGAGACGGAAAAGCUAAAGAUUUAAUUUUAGUAGGUCGUUUGGAAGUCAUCAACUUCGCCCUUCAGUCAGUCCAAUACCUUGGAAAUGAGAAUUUUAGUGGUGAUGAUACAAUUUGGGUUGCUGCAAUGAACAAUAAUGGAGUGAAUGAUUUAGAUGUUCCAAUUUUCGUAGAGCCUAUCAAUGAUCCUCCAUUUAUUAAUGUUCCUGCAUUCAUCAUUUUGGCGGGAAAGGAGAAGGAAGAAAUGCUAAUAUUUGAUAGACAAAAGGACAAAUUUGAUUUCACCAUUGGGGACCCAGAUCUGCUUAAUUUCCCUGGAAACGAGUCUCAAUUUUUGGUGAUGUUCUCUGUGGAAGUUAAUUCUGGAAUUUUAUCAAUCAAUCUACCAGCUAAGCUCGUUAGUACAACUGAACUGAAAUUGAAGAGCAGCUAUCAGUGGCAGCCCCUUCAAACAUUUGUUACUAUUUCAAAACAUUUUAUGGUCAAGGCAAAAGGCAUUAGAUUCCGGGGAACAAUCAAUGACUGCAAUGAUGCCAUGCAACAGCUGUCUUAUCAUGGCCGUGAACAUGCUGCUGUUUUAACAGUUUCAAUAAACGAUAUGGGAAACUAUGGGUGUUAUCCAGAUUGUGAAGAAAAGAUGUCCAUACCUCUUUUUGCCGAGGCUACAAUAAACCUGAUAAGAAAACAACCAAUGAGUUCGUUGUUAGCUCAUACUUUAGGAUCAGCGAUUGUUAUUGAAUUCUUCAUGGUGUUUUCUCUUGGCUUGCUACUUCUAUUUUUCAUAUGCAAAUGUGCAUUUGUUCUUAUACAAGAAAAGAGGAAGCAUGACGUUCAGCAUAUUGAGCUCUCUGAGCUUCAAGGUUCUCAUAAACGAAAUUCAAAUACAGAUUGUUCUGAGGAUGUGACUGACUUCACUGGAUGCUGUUCAAGCCCCUUCUUUCUCAGUUGUCAGCCUUCAAACUUUCGUCAAGGGUCAAGCCAUCAACUUGGAAAUGUAGAAACUGACAAGGAUACACAUAAUGUCCCUCAAUCUUCAAGUGAUAACCAUCAGGAGACUCCCCUACCUGGCCCCAUGUCUGUUGCUUCUGGGAAGGCUCAAACUGAAGUCGUAUAGGUACAGACAAUAGCUUGACAAAUAUUCACUUGAUGAUUCUUAGGCUUUUGUGUGUAGAGACAGCAAAUGGAAUUGACUAAUUGUUCUGUCCAAUGGGUAUGCUGUGGUUGUACCCUAAUGCUUAAACAAGAACGCUGAUUUUUCAUUUUGGUUCCUAUUGUACUAAGGAUCCAAAAGAAAAAAGGAAGGAAAAGGAACACUCGUUUUGUAUGGUCUU